AUGUCGGUGCCACGCGGCAUUUCCACAAGUUUACUUCCGAGUGUUUUUUUCGGCCUCGUUUCGGCCACAUCGUCGAGUCUUUAUGCGCUUUUUUGGCAAGGAGAUCCUUGUGCCAAGUACCAGGUUGCCCAGUCACUCUCAAUCCUCCCUGCUUGUGUUGUUGCUGCUGCCUCGGGCUCCUCCAGUGCGCACACCUCUCCCGUUUCAUCGACCGAAAACUCACUUCACCCACACGAUGAACAGCAGCGGCAAGGUCGCUGUCACAAUUACUCCUACGAUUGUUCCAUCGCUGAGGCUAGUGAUAUCGGGCAGCGCCCUGUUGUGCUUAUCCGGCGGGACGAUUUCUACCGUAAAAUCUUGCACAACACCGUCUCUCUGGCUGCCGUGCUCUGCGUUGGCCUCGCUGUCUACCGGUGGCGGUGA